ACUCAACACCUCCAAGUUGGAAAGGCCCUUGCAUCGAAGGUGCCACCAUUGGUGUUGUGCUGCUGUCUCUCACCAAAGAGCACAUGGAUGGACAGAAGGCUGCUGUUAAAGAUCUCAGCCUCACUUUCCACAGAGGUCAGAUAACAGCACUCUUGGGACCUAAUGGAGCUGGCAAGACAACAGUUAUAUCACUGCUGACUGGUCUGUACCCACCAAGCUCUGGUACCAUUAUUAUUAAUGGAAAGGACAUACGUACUGAUCUGGCUGCCAUCAGGACAGAGCUGGGUGUUUGCCCACAGUAUGAUGUCCUGUUCAACGUACUAACAGUGCGAGAACAUCUCCUGCUUUACGGAUCAGUGAAGGCACCUGGCUGGACAAAGGACCAGUUGAAUCAGCACGUCAGUGGAGCUCUGGAAGAUGUGGAUUUAUCCCAACAUCAGUACAAACCCGUUGGAGCCCUUUCUGGGGGAAUGAAAAGGAGGCUGUCAAUUGCCAUCUCCUUUAUUGGAAACUCAAAGACAGUUGUUCUAGAUGAGCCCACCAGUGGAGUAGAUCCGUGUUCUCGCCGUAGCAUCUGGGAUGUUCUUCUGAAGUACAAAGCUGGUUGCACACUGAUCUUUACCACUCACCACCUUGAUGAGGCAGAGGUGCUCAGCGAUCAGAUUGCCAUCCUGCAGCAUGGCCAGCUGAGGUGUUGUGGUUCUCCUUCUUACCUAAGAGAAACAUAUGGCCAGGGACACAUUCUAACACUCAUAAAAAAGCCCUCUGUGUUUGAAAUCCAGGAUCCUAAGCAUAUUGUUCGGGUCACAUCUUUGGUACAGAGCCACAUCCCAGAAGCCUUCUUGAAAGAGAACAGUGGGACUGAGCUGACCUAUGUGAUUCCAGAAAAGGUAGACAAGACGUCUUUUAAAGGUCUUUUCCAGGCUUUAGAUCAAAGCCUUCAACAUCUACAUGUGACUGGCUAUGGCAUUUCUGACACCACAUUGGAAGAGGUAUUUCUGAAGCUAUUGCAGGACACGGAGAAGAUGCCUUGUGUUUCACGAGCAGCACACUUGGACCAUACAAAUGGUGCUAAAUCAGCCUAUAUCUCACUUACGGAGACCUCAAGUGUGUCUGGAGCCCAUCUUGUUCUUUCACAGAUUGUUGCAUUUCUGAUGAAGAGGUUUCACCACACUAGACGAGACUGGAGAGGAAGUCUGUCAAAUGUGCUGGUGCCUGUCCUCUUUGUUGCACUGGCAAUGGCCUUGUUCAGUGUGAAGCCGCUGGCUAUUGAUUAUCCUUCUCUCAAGCUGACACCAAGACUUUAUGACAAUGCAGAAUCUUUCUUUAGAAAAAAUAAUUCAUGUUGGCAGCUUGAAUCUAUGUCACCUCAGGAUUCAUGUGGAUGUGUGAUGUGUCCAAGUUUCAAUAUGUCUGCUCCCUAUGUGAAGAAUAAGAAAGGACAUAUUUUGUAUAAUCUUUCAGGGUUCCUUGUGGAAGAAUAUUUAGUGAGGCCAUCCAACAAAGCAAGAUAUGGUGGUUGGUCUUUUGGAGGGGGGAAAGCAUUUGAACUUCAAAAUAAAAAAAUUAAUAACACCAAAUCUAAGCCUCUGGCUAAGGUGUGGUACAACCAAAAGGGUUUCCAUUCGCUGCCAUCCUACUUAAAUGAACUCAAUAACUUAAUUUUGUGGCUGAAUUUGCCUCCUAAUGUGGAUUGGAGACAGUAUGGGAUCACACUCUACAGCCAACCAUAUGGAGGAGUCUUGCUGGAUGAGGACAAAAUAAUGGAGAAUGUUCGUCAGUGUGGGGUGGCACUGUGUAUCAUGCUGGGUUUCUCUGUCCUUACUGCAUCCAUUGGAAGUGCCAUAGUAAACGAGAGAGUAUCUGGGACAAAACGCUUGCAGCACAUCACAGGCCUGGGUUACAAAACAUAUUGGUUUGCUAACUUCUGCUGUGAUAUGGUGUUUUACAUGGUUCCAGUCACCCUGUGUGUUGGUGUUAUUAGUGCCUUCCAACUAUCAGCCUUCACUUUCCGAAAGAACUUGGCAGCCACUGUUCUCCUGCUGAUACUCUUUGGAUAUGCAACUUUGCCAUGGAUGUAUCUUGUAUCCAGAUUCUUCUCAAGUUCAGAUGUAGCUUUUAUUUCUUACAUUUCCUUAAAUUUUGUAUUUGGUCUGUGUACCAUGCUGCUGACUCUCUUACCUCGUUUGUUAGCUAUAAUUUCCAAAGUGCAGAGUUUUCAGAACAUCUACAAUAUCCUCAAAUGGGCAUUCAUCAUAUUCCCACAGUUCUGCUUAGGCCAGGGUUUAAUAGAGCUUUCGUACAAUCAAAUCAAGUUUGACCUGACCAGCAACUUUGGAAUAGAUUCAUAUGUGAGCCCCUUUGAGAUGAAUUUCCUAGGGUGGAUUUUUGUGGAAAUUGCCCUGCAAGGAACACUACUUCUUCUUUUACGGCUUUUUCUUCAUUGGGAUCUCCUCCAGAAACCAAGGAGUCAGUGUUCAAUUAACAGCAUGGUCAGCCCUUCAGAAGAUUUUGAUGUAGAAAUGGAGCGACAGCGACUCUUUGGUGGAAGAACUGGUAAUGAUGUCCUUCUCCUGUACAACCUCAGGAAGUGUUAUGGAGGUUUCAGUAAGAAAAACACAGCUGUGGAAAGCAUAAGCUUAGGAAUACCAAGGGGAGAGUGUUUUGGACUCCUGGGAACAAAUGGAGCUGGGAAAAGCACAACAUUUAAGAUGCUGACUGGAGAUAUCACCCCAUCUGCAGGACGUGCUGUUAUCAGGACUCCUACAGGAUCUGAAAUGGAUAUACUCUCUGCUAGCUCCGAAGGCAUUCUCAUUGGCUAUUGCCCACAGCAAGAUGCCCUGGAUGAACUUUUAACAGGUUGGGAGCAUCUUUAUUAUUACUGCACACUGCGUGGAAUCCCAAAAGAGGAUAUCCAUAAG